AUGGUCGUGGAAGACACCCCGAGCCCUGGCAGCUCGGACUCCGAAGGGAAUUUUGAGACCCCCGAAGCCGAAACGCCGCCGCAGGAGCUGAGCGCGCCGGGGCUGCGCGCGCCGCAGGCCGUGGGCCGAGGUAAGGCCCGCGCCCCCAGCCCCUGCGCCUCCGUGGCGCUCCGGAGGCGGAAGAGCCGGAGCCCCCUGGGCAGCGUGUGCCUGAGCGAAGGGGAGAAGACGGCGGUGCUCACGCUCAUCCGCGAGGAGAUCAUCACCAAGGAGCUCGAAGCGAGCGAGUGGAAGAAGAAGUACGAGGAGAGCCGGCAGGAGGUGCUGGAGAUGAGGAAGAUCGUGGCCGAGUACGAGAGGACCAUUGCCCAGAUGAUCGAGGACGAGCAGAGGUCGACCAUGACGUCUCAGAAGAACCUGCAGCAGCUCAGCAUGGAGAAGGAGCAGGCGCUGGCGGACCUCAACUCCGUGGAGAGGUCCCUCUCGGACCUCUUCAGGAGAUAUGAGAACCUCAAGGGCGUCCUGGAAGGCUUUAAGAAGAACGAGGAAGCCUUGAAGAAGUGCGCCCAGGAUUACCUGGCGCGGGUGAAGCAAGAGGAGCAGCGCUACCAGGCCCUCAAAGUCCACGCGGAGGAGAAGCUGGACAAGGCCAACGAGGAGAUCGCGCAAGUGCGCGCCAAGGCCAAGGCCGAGAGCGCGGCGCUGCACGCCGGCCUCCGCAAAGAGCAGAUGAAGGUGGAGUCGCUGGAGAGAGCCCUGCAGCAGAAGAACCAGGAGAUCGAGGAGCUCACCAAGAUCUGCGACGAGCUCAUAGCCAAGCUGGGAAGGACGGACUGA